AACAUUCACUCCUCAAGGCUGCAUGCCGCAAGCCUUAACGUUCCUCAGGAAAGUAAAAACUCUUUCCUUUGACAAAAAUAUAUCACAACAGAACAGGAACAUGAGGCUGUCGUAAAGUAUGAAGUCUCUUAUCAAGUCAAGACAGGUUUUUGCCUCGAGCUCUCUCCUCAAUAAACCAUUUCUCGCUUUCUUAUACCCCCGCUUUCAACAUGCGAUUGUACCUGCACGACGCUCUAAGUCUACUGACUUAUCUUUGAAGACAUUUCAAGAGCCAGCUACGGCUCUAUUGCCUUUGGAUGAUGCUCAAAAGCAUCAAGAGCCAGCUACGGCUCUAUUGCCUUUGGAUGAUGCUCAAAAGCAUCAAGAGCCAGCUACGGCUCUAUUACCUUUGGAUGAUGCUCAAAAACCCAAAAAAAUCUCUAAACCCUAUGGCGGCAAAGUGAUUGUACUCUGGGACCUGGACAACAAACGACCAACCGAAGCUCCUAAUCCGUACGAAGCAGCACAAAACAUUCGUGCAUUUGCCUCUCGCCUAGGCAAGGUAGUCAGCAUCGCCGCCUUCGCCAAUAAAGAUGGAUUGUCCUUCGUGCCGCCCGAAGUCAAAGAUUCACGCAAAGACCUGGAGGAAUACUACAGACUAGAACAGACAAUGUUCAAAAAGUAUAAAAUCAAACCCGAAACGCCCUAUGUAUGUGGCGUGUGCGGUAAUAAAAAGAAAACUCAUGCGGAAUUGGUCAAACAUUUUGAGACGCUGCAUGUAAGAGAGAGGAACAAGAAGAUGAAUAGAAUAAACCAAUUUAAGGGUGCAAAGCGGAAGAAGCUUUUGGACAGGAUGUUACCCCUUGGUAAAACUAAAAAGUAUAUGGAGGCAGCUGUGGGAAUCAUCGAGCCCGCCGACAGGUAUAAACUUCAUAGCGAACUUAAACGCGCGGGGGUCAAAGUAAAUCAAGUGUCAUCGGUUCGGCAGGCUGCGGAUAGAGCGUUGAUGGAGUAUGCAAAGUCGAUGGCGAAGAAGAAGGGGAGUUCGUAUGAUUGGUUGAUAUUGAUUUCAGAUGAUACGGAUUUUAGGUCUAUGGUAGAGGAUGCCUCGCUGAGCAGGGGUAAAGGGACGAUUGUGGUGGGGGAUAGGACGAAGGGAGGAAAGAAGAAACUGGCAAGAGCGGCGUGCGCGUGGUUACCGUGGGAUAUGCUUGAGACGGGAUGUAUAAAUAAGGAUGUUGUUGAAAGGGCAUUUGCAAAUACUGGGCUGAGAAAGAAAAAAGCGAGAAGAAUAAAGCAGAUGAGGGAGAUUUUUGGUUUGUCUGAGCAGGAUGGGGAUGGGGAUAGUGCAUCAUAUUCAGGCAUCUCUUCCUUUGAUGAAAACAUCGAUGAUGAGGAGGAUAUUUUUGACCAGGAUGGUAAUUUUGACGAGGAUGUUAAUUUUGACGAGAAGAAUAUGUCUGACGAGAAGAAUAUGUUUGACGAGAAGGUUGAUCUUGACGAGGAGGUUGAUCUUGACGAGGAGGUUGAUCUUGACGGGGAGGUUGACCUUGACGAAGAGGAUAUGUUUGACCACGAAGAUGUUCUUGGCCUGGACGAUAUUUGUGACGAGGAAAAAAUGCUGAGCAGGAUAUCUAGACGAAGAUGAUAUUUUAGACCACGACAUCUCCAUCCAAGACGACUCGGAGCUCUCCGAAACCUCUGACCUAGACUCAAAUUCAUCUGACCUUUUCAUCACUAGGUAUACCGCGAUGAAAUUUUGUGCCCAUCAAAGUGGUCUUCUUAUAGUCUCUGUAGAGAACUGAUCCCAAACAUAUAAACUAUUAGAAUAAGCUCUCGAUAAGUUGAGUAUAUGAAAUGUAUAGUAGAAUGCGUUCUUAUUACUCGAGUAUAUUCCAAUUCCACUUCUAAUACCUCGACUGCA